CCUCAAUUUUCUAGGGUUUUAUCUCUCUCUCUCUAAACAAAAAAAAAAAAGUUGCUAGGGUUUCCCUAUUUAAACUCCCACCUCUCCAUAACCUCCCUCUCUAUCAACUCAACCCUGUCUCAUUCCCGGCCAACCAAAGUUUUCCGGCGAUGGACGCGAGGCUAACGGAGGGGGCGAUACUGAAGAUCACGACGGACUUUGUUGACGACAACUAUAAGCCUAUCCUGCAAGUGAUCGGCUUGAAGCAAAUCCACACACACGGCGGCGGCUGGGGCGGCCAGGUCACUGAACGGUACAGGGUGACCGUAUCCGAUGGGUCCCACACCAAGCAGGGGAUGCUGCUCGCUCACCAGAACUUCCUGGUUCAGCAAGGCCACCUUCAGAAGGGCUCCGUUGUCCGCCUGAAUCAAUUCACCUGCCCCACCAUCCAAGGCCGCAAGAUCAUCAUUAUAAUCUCAUUGAAUGUGCUAGUUGAUAAAUGUGAUAUCAUUGGACAGGCUGCCAGAUUUUCGAAUGCACAAUCCCCAGGGACAAUACUUGUAGAUGAAACAACCGAGCAAUUCGCUUCUUUUGGGCUAUAACCUUUCUUGAUCGCUUUCCAGAAAAUCUCAACAUGCUUCCAACAUGCAAUUUUCUACAAAAAUGUGUGUUAUAUACAGUUAAAUCUCUACAAAUUU